CUCUGGAGGGCGACUCCGCCCUGAUCCCGUUUUCAUCAACAGACUGCCUGGCUGCUAUGCUGACUCUGCUCGAUCGAAAAUGCAUGCAUGCGAUCAUCAGCCACGGCGAGUUCUGCAACUGCGAAGGCGGGAUCGUUUCCAAGUUCCAACCCUGUCCUCCUUUGCCAUCUCGACACGGCCCGAAAGAACAAGCGCAUAUGCCUCUCGGGUCUCUGCUAACUGCCAGUGUUAGAAAGUGGAUCUCGCGGAAGGGGUGAAGAGGGGCAGGUCCGAGUGAUCAGGGCCCUAAUCCCGGCCCGAUGUGAGGGGUAGCUUAGACCGGGCGCUCCUUCCGUUGUCCUAUCUUUUCAGAGGGCCCUCCGGCUGUGGGAAGUUACAACUGAGUGCGCAUGGAACCUGUUCGUAUUUUCAAGUGCGGGCUCUACCUAAACAUAUGAGCGGGAACGUUCCAACAUCUUCCCCAUGCCCAUGGCGUCUUCAAACACCCCGUCGGACCACGAACCCGCUCAAACCGCCCUCCGGGCAGCCGAAGCGCGCUUCAUCGCCAACAACUCCCUCUCCAAAGCUCAACACGAUCUCGCCGUAGGCGCUCUCCCCGGCGGCAACACCCGCACCCUCCUCUACACAUCCCCAUUCCCGCUGUCCAUGAAGCAAGGCAGGGGCGCCUACGUGUGGGACCUCGACGGACACAAAUACCUCGACCUAGUAGGCGAGCUCUCGGCCGGAUUACUGGGGCACUCCCACCCAGCCAUCCAGCAAACCCUGCUCUCCACACUCGAUCAGGUCGGCGUCUCCCUCGGCGCCACCACCGUGCACGAACACGCCUACGCCUCCUUGCUCGGCGCCCGCUUCCGCCUCGCCCGCGUGCGCAUGGCCAACACGGGCACCGAAGCCAACCUGCACGCGGUCGCGGGCGCGCGGCACUUCACGGGACGGCGCAAGGUGGUGGUCUUUUCCGGGGCCUACCACGGGGCGGUGUUAUCCUUCCCCGACGGCAGGCCGGCGCCGAAUACGGUGGAUCGCGACGAUUUUGUUGUCGUGCCGCGGUAUAAUGACCUGCGGCUCGCUAGGGAGGUGGUGGAGGGUGUUGGGCAGGAGCUGGCGGCUGUGUUGGUGGAGCCGAUGCAGGGCGCUGGUGGGUGUAUCCCCGGGACGAGGGAGUUCUUGGUUGGGGUGAGGGAUGCGGCGCGCCGGGAGGGGGGGUUGUUUAUUCUAGAUGAGGUGAUGACUUCGCGGCUUGCGCCGGGUGGGCUUGGGGUUGAGAUGGGGCUGGAGCCGGACUUGGUGACGCUGGGGAAGUAUCUGGGCGGGGGUCUGGCAUUUGGCGCGUUUGGCGGCCGCGAGGACGUCAUGGCUGUGUAUGACCCGCGGGUGGAAGGGAGCUUGGCACACUCCGGGACGUUCAACAACAAUACGAUGGCCAUGUGUGCGGGUUAUGUGGCGUUGAAUGAGGUGUACACACCAGAGGUCAAUGUGGUGUUCAAUCAGAAGGGCGAUUGGUUCAGGGAGCGGUUGAGCGAGGUGGCCAGGGGGACAAGGCUGAGUGUCACGGGCAAGGGAUCUCUGCUGGGGCUGCACUUUACCGAAGGUGGAAUGGAAAACAUCACUUGUGGUGAGGAUCUGAAGGGAAAGGAGCGGCUGGAUCUGAGGGACCUCUUCUGGUUUGAGAUGCUGGAGGCUGGGUUCUGGACUGUGAGGAGGGGCUAUAUCGCCAUGAUCCUGGAGACACCGGAUGAGGAGCUGGAUCGUUUCCUUGCCGCUGUGGGGGAGUUCCUAAAACGACACCGGGACAUUAUGCUUGUCGGACAAUGA